CAGCUGACGGACGUCCCAUGUAAACACAGCCUCCAUGGCCUGCAGCUCCGGUCAGAUGUGCUGCAAUGAUACAGAUCAAAAACCGGAUGAGGUACAGCUCAGUGGCGCUCGCCGCUGUCAGGCUGUUCUCCUCUGGUCCCACCAAGAACCCCGUCGUGUUUCUGGACAUCGAGGCUGACGGUGAGCCUCUUGGGAGAAUAAUUAUCGAGUUAAAUGCUGAUGUAGUGCCAAAGACCGCAGAAAACUUCAGAGCCCUGUGCACGGGAGAACAUGGUUUUGGAUAUAAGGGCAGUGUGUUUCACAGAGUCAUACCUGGCUUCAUGUGUCAGGGAGGAGACUUUACCAAACACAACGGCACAGGAGGGAAAUCUAUUUAUGGGACUAAGUUUAAAGAUGAAAACUUCAAAUUAAAACACACUGAACCAGGAAUACUUUCAAUGGCGAAUUCAGGGCCAAACACCAACGGCUCCCAGUUUUUCAUCUGUACAGUCAAAACUGAAUGGCUUGAUGGUAAACAUGUGGUGUUCGGGCAGGUAAAGGAAGGUAUGGACAUCGUCACCAAGAUGGAAUCUUUUGGUUUACAUGAUGGUGGUGUGAUCAAGAAAAUUGUCAUCACUGACUGUGGGGAGAUCAAGUAACACACAUGGACUUCUGCAGAAUGACUCAGUAUGCAGACAUUUAUUUACUUUAUCCUGUCUGCUGUGUUCAGAACAUCUUAACAGGGAACUGUAACAGGUCAACCCCUGUUACUUUGUUAAUCAUAAACUUUCAAGAUGAAUUAUUUGAAGGCUCAAAAUCAGAUGGAAAAUUUUAGAUAUUAAAUGUUAUAAAACCAUGCUCGUCGAUUCACAGAAGUCUUAAUCGGCAGUAUUUUGCAUGUAAUAUAAAAUGAUGAGUAAUCUACUUUGUAAAAUGAUUCUAUACUGUAUUUGUGGUACAUUCACUGCCAAAUAAAAACAUUUUUUGUAUUUCACUA